AACACCGGGCAAGCUGGCUCGCGACGAGCGCGCCCGAACCCCACUCGAUCGGCCCGCGUCGAGAUAAAUCCAAUGGAAACCGCCCGCACCUCACUGUUGCCCGCCAGAGGCCGCCAGUAACCUGCUGCUUAAUUUAGGCAUACGUGUGAGGAGACUGUGGGAGCAGAUACUGACCGCACAACGGAGCGAGAGGGGGCACUCCGCACUCCCUCCCCCUCCCUCCCUCCCUCCCGGACGGUUCGCUCGUCCGCGCGCGUACGUCGUCGUCGAUCCGUCACCCCCGUGAUCUGAUCCGGCCAGCAGCCCCCUGCCUCGCUCCCUCCCCCUCCAGGCCGACGACGACUGCAUGGGGACGGCGGCCGGCGAUGGCGACCGCCCCUCCACGGCGGCGGCGGCGGCGGAGGAGCACAGGGUGAACCUGUCGGCGCGCCAGCCGUUCGUGCAGGCGCUCCGGACGGGCCUGGCGGAGACGUUCUUCCCCGACGACCCGUUCCGGGGCUUCGGUUCGCUCCCGCCCGCCGCGCGGGCGUGGGGCGCGCUCAAGUACUUCGUGCCGGCCCUGGAGUGGGUGCCCAGGUACAGCGCCGACAAGUUCAAGUACGACCUCCUCGCCGGCGUCACCAUCGCCAGCCUCGCCAUCCCGCAGGGCAUCAGCUACGCCAAGCUCGCCAAACUCCCGCCCAUCAUCGGCCUCUAUUCCAGUUUCGUGCCGCCGCUGCUGUACGCCGUGUUCGGGAGCUCCAACAACCUGGCGGUGGGCACGGUGGCGGCGGCGUCGCUGCUGCUUGCGUCCAUCAUCGAGGCGGAUGUCACGUCGGAAGAGAACCCGCAGCUGUACCUGCAGCUCUUCUACACCGCCGCCUUCUUCACCGGCGUCUUCCAGACCGCACUAGGAGUCUUUAGGUUAGGGCUGAUAGUGGAUUUCCUGUCGCGGUCGACGAUCACCGGGUUCAUGGGCGGCACGGCGGCGAUCAUCAUUAUGCAGCAGCUCAAGGGGAUGCUGGGGAUGAAGCACUUCACGUCCAAGACAGACAUCAUCUCCGUCAUGCGCUCCAUCUUCCUUUACAGGCACGAGUGGAAGUGGGAGAGUGCAGUUCUUGGCAUAUGCUUCCUCCUGCUCUUGUUGUCAAGCAAGCACUUGAGGAAGAAAAAACCAAAUCUGUUCUGGGUGUCGGCCAUUGCGCCUUUCAUGGUCGUGGUCAUCGGCGGCAUCUUCGCCUUCCUCGUCAAAGGAAACGAGCAUGGCAUCCCAAUAGUUGGCGAUCUGAAGAAAGGGAUCAACCCGCUGUCUAUUUCACAGCUGACGUUUACAGGCAAGCACGUCAAUACGGCGGUGAAAGCAGGUUUCUUGUCUGCGAUCCUGGCACUAGCAGAAGGAAUCGCCGUCGGGCGGAGCCUGGCGCUGAUAAAGAACGAGCAGAUCGACGGGAACAAGGAGAUGAUCGCAUUCGGCAUCAUGAACAUUGCUGGGUCCUUCACUUCUUGCUACCUCACCACAGGGCCGUUCUCCAAGUCGGCGGUGAACUUCCACGCCGGGUGCCGGACGCCGAUAUCCAACGUGGUGAUGUCGGUGUGCAUCAUGCUGGUGCUGCUGUUCCUGGCCCCGCUCUUCAAGUACACCCCGCUGGUGGCGCUCUCCUCCAUCAUCGUCGUCGCCAUGAUCGGGCUCAUCAAGGUCAAGGAGUUCUGCCACCUGUACCGGGUGGACAAGUUCGACUUCUGCAUCUGCAUGGUCGCCUUCAUCGGCGUCAUCUUCUUCACCAUGGUCAUCGGCCUCAGUGCAUCGGUAGGCUUGUCAGUGGUCAGGACACUGCUGCAUGUGGCGAGACCUAGCACCAGCAAGCUCGGAAGCAUGGCGGGAGGCGAGCUCUUCCGCGACGUCAGGCAAUACCCGAACGCGAGGAACAUCCCCAAUGUCCUUGUUUUGCAGCUGGGGUCUCCGAUAUAUUUCGUCAAUGCAGGUUACUUGCGAGAAAGGAUUUUAAGAUGGGUGGAAGAUGAGGAGAACGCCAGCAAGCUUGACAGGCAAGAUUUGCAAUACGUGGUCCUUGAUCUUGGUGGUGUGACUUCAAUCGACAACACGGGGCUUGGAAUGCUAGUAGAGGUUCACAAGAGCCUUGAACGUAAAGGGAUCAAGAUAGCGCUGACGAACCCCAGGCUGGAGGUGACAGAGAAGCUGGUGUUGUCUGGGUACAUCAACGACAUCAUAGGGGAGGAGUGGGUGUUCCUCACGGUGAAGGAAGCCAUCACGGCGUGCCGGUACGCGCUACAGAGAUCUUUUUUGCUCGAAUACGCAUGAGACGCGCUCCAGAGAUCUAGAAGCAAGGAAGACGGUGAAGUAUAGAUAGCGUCCAGGGACAGUCUUUUAGGAGGUAUAGGUCAUUAGCUGUAGAUAUUGAGUAGCAGGCAGGCAGGCAAGCAUCGGGAGUCCUUUUGGCACAGGUACAGGACGGAGAAGAUUCAGAGCUACGAGCGGUGGAUUGGGUGUGGUUAGUUGUGGAGCUUGCAUCUGCUGAAUUGUGGCUUCAGGUCUUUUGUAAGGGAAAUAGCGAUGUGGAUGGGGAUAUAUAGGUAGCUAGCGUUUGUGUAUAAACCAGUUUAGCUUUGGACUUUGGAGGUCACAAUGAACCUCAUAGAUUUGCUUGUACCAGUUUGCUAUUGCAGAAGAAUAGGCCGUUGAAUCGCUAAAAGGAUAUUGCAUUCCAAAUAUUCGACAGUUUCAAUC